CAAACACUUAAAAUGAGGAAAAGAGAUUUUAAAGUCGUUGUAAUUGGGGAUAGUAUUCAUAUUUUAUUUAAUCGUUAACCCUAGGUGGAGUUGGCAAAUCUACAUUCAUUUCAGCUCUAAUUAAUGAAAGCCUCAAUAAGGUCACUCAUAUUGAUAAGCAUCAACCUAUUCAAUUACCUCCAGAAAUGUUCAAUCAUCCAUAAUGCAAUACAACUUUGAUUGAUACGAAAUGCCAGCCCAACUAACUUCCAGAGUAAGUCAAAAUUGCAGAUGUUAUACUCUUAAUGUACGCAAUCGAUGAUGAUGGUUCUUGGGAAAGAUUAAAUAAGUUCUGGCUCAGAGAAUUGAAAGAGAAGGAGUUUAAAUAGCCAAUCAUUGUAGUCGGUAAUAAACUUGAUUUGAUGGGUCUGGAUGAAGAUAGAGAAUAUUGCAGAAUUUUUAAAGUCAUUAAACAAUUAGUAAAAGAUUUCAGUGUAAUACAAUUAUAUAACAUAGUAAGUUGAAAUGGGAAUAGAAUGUUCAUCAAUCAAGUUACAGGGGGUUUAGGACGUAAUUAAUUGUGCCUAAAGGUCCUAUUUGUACCCUUUGGCUCCUUUGUACAAUCUAGUAAACAAAUCACUAACGGAAGGGUUUAAAAAGGCAUUGACUCGUAUAUUUCGAAUAUGUGAUCGAGAUGGCGAUGGGAAAUGGAGUGAUUUUGAGUUAGAACGAUUUUAAAAGAAGGUGUUUAAGAAGCAUUUAGAUUCAAGUGACAUAGCAGGAAUAAAAGAUUUGAUUGAAGAGGAAUUGAAAGAUGAUUCCAAUAAAAAAUCCUUUAUUACUUUGCAAGGUUUCAUGGCUUUAUAAAAGCGAGGAAUUGAGUUGAUGAAGAUUCAAAUCAGCUGGACAAUCCUUCGUUAUUUCAAUUACAAAGAUGAUUUAACACUUGAGGAGUCUUUAUUUUAGGAGGAGUAUUUAAAUAAUUACAAACACUAGAUUAAAAUUCGAUUAAAAUGCAGGGCAAACCGUUGAAUUAAGUGAUUUUGCUUUAUAGAAACUCAAAUCAAUCUUUUUAUUGAAUGGAUAAACUCUAACUCAAACUCAGUUUAAUUACAUAUUCUAUCCUGUGAUGUUCUAAACUAAUUUUCCACUUCUCUAAUAAUAUCACUCGGAAUCACAGCAAAUCACUUUAACUUAGUGGUUGGCCUUAUGGAAGUAUGAAUGAUGUUCUAUAAUUUUUUAGUGCAUUCUCUUUUUUUAAUUACAAAGAUGCAUACAAAUUGUUGAGUUACAUUGGAGUUGAUAUCAAAAUAAGUGAUGCAUUCAAAGAAUAAAAUAAAAAAGAUUCUUGGCAUUCCGUCUAAAAAACCAUUGAGAGAAAAGUAUUUCAUAUAGCUAUCAUAACAAAAAACAAAAAGGUAACUAUUUAUUAAUGCUAUUUAGAAAAUCUUAGAAAAAUACUUCAAUAAUUUAUCACCUAAAAUAACAACAAUAAAAUCUAAAACUUAUGUGAUCAGCAUUUAUGAUGAAUUAUAAGCAGAAUAAUAAAUUGAGAUUAGUAGAUUGUGCAUUGUAGAUUUCCUAAUUAUUGAAAAUUCUUGCCGCUUCUAAACAGAAUAACUUAUUCCUAUCACCUUAUAUAAUGACGAUGAAGAUAUCUAUGCGCAAAUUUCGAAAGUUGCUGAACUUAUUCAUACAAAGUAAUAUCUUAACCUUAUUCUCUAAGCACUUUUGGAUAUUCUGAGAAUCAAAUUCAAUUAUUAAAACAAAAAAAUGGUGUAUCUCUCAUAUAAAUAGCUAGUGUAAUUGCCCUUCUAGUGGGUUUAACAUCUGCUGGAUAUUAUUAUUUCCAAUUUAAGCCAUUUAAGAAAAGUAAAUGA